AUGGCUGCUGAAAAACCAAUUGUUGCGUCCGGCGCAGACGUCGGUGAUGGCGUCAGACGCAGAGCCGCCCCCCAAGGCCAGGCAGUCCCCAUAACGGCUUCCCCUGAGAUCGAUGACAAGAAGAAGCAAGCUAAGAAGCAGAGCUCCUUCCUCGACGAGUGGGAGGUCGUCAUCGCCCCUCUCAUCUUCACGGCUGUCGCAAUCUUCACUCGUCUCUGGAAGAUUGGUAUCAGCGAUAUUGUCACUUGGGACGAGGCGCAUUUUGGCAAGUUCGGAAGUCACUACAUCAAGCAUGAAUACUACUUCGACGUUCACCCGCCCUUGGGAAAGAUGCUUGUUGGCCUUUCUGGAGUUCUGGCCGGCUACAAUGGAUCCUUCGAGUUCAAGUCUGGCGAGAAGUACCCUGAGGAGGUCAACUACACCUUCAUGAGAGCCUUCAACGCUCUGUUCGGUAUCGUCUGUGUUCCCAUGGCCUACUUCACUGCCCGCGAACUGAAGCUGAGGCGGCUUUCUGUCUGGCUCGUCACUUUGAUGGUCCUCUGCGAGAACUCUUAUACCACAAUCAGCCGCUUCAUCCUGCUCGACUCAAUGCUGCUCUGUGGAACCUUCGCUACCGUCCUUUGCUGGGCCAAGUUUCACAACCAGCGCCAUAACUCUUUUGAGCCCGAAUGGUUCUUCUGGCUGUUCAUGACCGGUUUGAGCAUUGGCUGUGUCUGCAGUGUCAAGCUUGUCGGUCUUUUUGUCACUUCCCUCGUCGGUCUGUACACCAUUGAGGACCUUUGGAACAAGUUCGGCGAUGUCAGGAUGCCUGUUACCACUCUGGGCGCUCAUGUUGCUGCGCGCGUGGUCGGCCUUAUCGUCCUCCCGUUCCUUGUUUACAUGCUCACUUUCGCCCUUCAUUUUGCUAUCUUGGACCAUACUGGCCCUGGUGAUGCGCAGAUGAGCUCCCUUUUCCAAGCUAACCUAAAGGGUACCGAGGUCGGCAAGAACAGCCCCCUCGAGAUUGCGUACGGUUCGCGCGCUACCAUCAAGAACAUGGGUUACGGCGGUGGUCUGCUUCACUCCCACGUCCAGACCUAUCCCGAAGGAUCUGGUCAGCAGCAGGUUACUUGCUACCACCACAAGGAUGCCAACAACGACUGGUUCUUCUACCCCAACCGACAUGAUCAGGAUUACGACCCCGAAGCCGCUCCCCGUUUCAUUGCCGAUGGUACUACCAUCCGCCUGAUCCACGCUCAGACCGGCCGCAACCUUCACUCCCACGAGAUUCCCGCCCCCAUCACCAAGGGCGACAAGGAGGUCUCCUGCUACGGCAACCUAACUAUUGGUGACGAUAAGGACCACUGGCAGAUUGAGGUUGUCCGUGAUGUUGCUUCGCGUGAUCGUAGCCGCAUCCGUACUCUUACCACUGCUUUCCGCCUCAAACAUCCUGUUCUAGGCUGUUAUCUUCGUGCUGGAAACGUGAACUUGCCUCAGUGGGGUUUCAAGCAGAUUGAGGUUACCUGCACCAAGACCAACAACCCCAAGGACACUUACACUCAUUGGAACGUUGAGGCUCACUGGAACGAGAAGCUGCCUCCCGCCGACGCUGGUGUCUACAAGUCCCCCUUCCUCCACGACUUCAUUCACCUGAACGUUGCCAUGAUGACAUCUAACAACGCUCUCGUCCCCGACCCCGACAAGCAGGAUGACCUCGCAUCUCACUGGUGGCAAUGGCCCAUCCUGAACGUCGGUCUGCGUAUGUGCGGCUGGGAUGACAACAUCGUCAAGUACUUCCUGCUCGGAAACCCUCUCGUCUACUGGGGCAGCACAGCCGCCCUCGGAGUUUUCGGCUUGGUGACCCUUUGGUACCUUGUCCGCUGGCAGCGUGGUUACAAUGACCUGAACGAGAAGGAGCUUGACCAGAUUCACUAUGCCGGUGCUUAUCCUGUGGCUGGUUGGGUCCUUCACUACCUUCCCUUCAUCGUCAUGGCUCGUGUGACUUACGUUCACCACUAUUACCCUGCCCUCUACUUUGCCAUACUGACCUUUGGUUUCCUGGCCGACUGGUUCCUCCGUCACAAGAACCAAGCCAUUCAGUACGCUGUUUACGGUGUUCUGUACGCUAUCAUCAUCGGCCUUUACAUCCUGUUCAGCCCCAUCUGCUUUGGCAUGACAGGUCCCAACAAGCAGUACAGCUACAUGAAGUGGUUUGACACCUGGAGAAUGUCGGACUAA